AUGGUAAAUGCAACUGAAGUAUCCGUACUGCAUGGAUUUGAGUUUCCAACAUAUUGCAACUAUCUGGAGAUAAGUGCCGACAGUAAGGCCCUGAUGGCAACUGGAGGGUACAGUCCAUCCACUGCCCUAUUUGACUUACAGGAGCACACGCUAAAAGUAGAAAGACAUGCAGACUAUGAACUUAUGAAAGGAGCUUUUCUGGGGGAAGAUUGGUCUAAAAUAGCACUUCUCUCGAAUGCAGCAAAAGUGGAAUUUCAGACUCAGUUUGGAAAACAUGACGCAGUAUCCCUGCCACAGCAAUGCAGAGACAUAAAGGCAGAUAAAAUAAAUGCAGAUGUAGUGCUAGUAGGGAAGUCUGGGGGAAUUCACAGAUUCAGCAUGACAGCCGGGAAAUUCCUUCCAUCCCUUGAGACAGGACUGUCCAGUGGAGAGGAACUGGCCUUAAAUACAUCGCACACUUUGUGUGCAGUAGUCGGAAGCAGUGAUUUUGGAAAGACGGGUCUCUGUGAGUUUAUAGACACCAGAGAUAGUAAGAAAGUAACUACUUUAUCAAUUGAUUCUCCAGCCACUGCAUGCACAUUCUCUGAGGAUGGCAUGAUAUUCGCAGUUGGCUCUGAGGCAGGAAUAGUUUCAGUCUAUGACAUGCGAAGUGCAAACCCACUCAUCCAGAAAGACCAUAAUUACGACUUCAGAAUAAAGAAGAUCCAGAUAAAGAACAAAACAGUUCUGUCAAUGGACCAGAAAGGAGUGAAAAUCUGGACUGUAAAUUCAGGAAAAACACUUGCCACUGCGCAGCCAUCAUUUGAUGCUAACUCAUUCACUACCUCAGAUGGAAUUGUAUUUAUAGGAGGCAACACAGAGCACAUGAAGACGUAUUACGUGCCUGCACUGGGUGCAAUCCCAGGGUGGUGCAGUAAUUUAGAAGGUGCAACUGAAGAGAUGGAUGAAAUGCAGAAGAUGACAUAUUAUGACCAGUAUAGAUUUAUAACAGAAGAUGAACUUGUAAGGAUUAAGUUGCAAAAGGAAGUUGGUAAGUCAAUUAAGCCACACAUGCAUGGAUAUCUUAUCCCACAUGCCCUCUACAAUAAGCACACAGAAAACAACAAGAAGAAAUUAGACUAG